AUGAACACCGGCGUUACAGAAACGGUGGUUAUCAUCGUCGGCGCCGGCCCCUCCGGCCUUUCCACCGCCGCAUCCCUCCACCGCCUCUCAAUUCCAUACGUAAUCCUCGAAAGAGAAGAUUGUAUUGCUUCAAUAUUCAACAACAAAUCAUACGACCGCCUUCACCUCCACUUAACCAAGCAAUUCUGUCAGCUUCCUCACAUGCCUUUUCCGGCGAACUUUCCGUCGUACGUCCCCAUAAAAGAUUUCUUAAAAUACUUAGACGAUUACGCAUCUCAUUUCAAGAUUAAUCCAAUGUUCCAUAACUUUGUAAAGUUUGCGAAGUACGAUGAAGAUCGAAAGAAAUGGAAGGUGGAGGCGGAGAUAGUUGGUGGCCGGAGUGCGGAGGAGGAGGGCGGAGUUCGGUGGUAUGAGGGGAAGUUUUUGGUGGUGGCCACCGGAGAAACCAGUGAUGUGUUUAUACCGGCGGUGGAUGGGUUGAGUGAGUUUAAAGGUGAAGUUAUUCAUUCGACGGAGUAUAAAUCCGGCGAACGAUUUGAGAAUAAGAAGGUUUUGGUCGUCGGAGCUGGGAAUUCCGGCAUGGAAAUUGCAUUUGAUCUAUCGAACCACGGUGCGAAAACCUCCAUUGUUGUCCGAAGUCCGAUGCAUAUACUAUCAAGAUGGUCGACAAAUCUUGGAUUGAUGUCAUUGGCGAGUAUGCCUUUGCAUUUGGUGGAUUCGUUCUUGGUAUUUGUUAACACGAUAAUGUAUGGAGACCUGACAAAAUACGGGAUUCAAAGGCCCAAAGAAGGUCCGUUUCUUAUGAAAGUAAGAGAUGGUAAGUACCCGGUCAUUGAUGUUGGCACAGUGAAAAAGAUCAAGUCGGGUGAGAUAGAGGUGUUACCGAGGUUAAAGAACAUAAAAGGCGGUGGAAAUGAAGUUGUAUUUGAGAACGGGAAAUGUUAUCAAUUUGAUGUGAUUUUGUUUGCUACGGGGUUCAAAAGAUCAACCCAUUUAUGGCUUCAGGGAGAUGAUUUUCUUAUAAAUGAAGAUGGGUUAGCAAAGCCCAUGUAUCCAAACCAUUGGAAAGGAGAUAAUGGGCUUUUUUGUGUUGGGCUUGCAAGAAGAGGCCUCUAUGGAGCUGCUAUGGAUGCCCAAAACAUAGCCCAUCAUGUUUUCAAUCUACUCUCACUCUCCAAAUAAAGUCACUACAAAAUUGUAUUUAUAUUUAUAUAUACAGAGCCAUGAAAAGCUGAACAAUACUCUGGUAAGCGUUUAUCU